UCCUUCUCCCCAAAUAUUAGCUUGGAACUCACCCCUUCCUCCUCCUCAGUCCCUCCUUCUUCUUCAUCGCCUCUGUUUCUCCUUCACCCUCUGAUUCUGCCUUCCAAAAUAGCAAGGACAUGGCAUCAUCUUACUUCCAUUCCUCCCUUUCCUUGCUAUUUUUGGUCUCCUUCUGCUUCCUCCAUCAUCAUCAGGUCUAUGCGGGGGAACAAGUUCUAAAGUUCAAACUCAACGCUGAUAUUCUUCAGGAGUCCAUCGUUCGGCACGUAAACAAACACCCACACGCUGGCUGGAAAGCUGCCAUGAACCCAAGUUUUUCGAACUAUUCUGUUAGCCAAUUCAAGCACAUUCUUGGUGUCAAACAAACUCCGGAGAAGGAUUUAAAGAGUACCCCUGUUUUAUCCCAUCCCAAGUCUUUAAAGUUGCCAAAAAGUUUUGAUGCUAGAGAAGCUUGGCCUCAGUGUAUCACCAUUGGAACCAUUCUAGAUCAGGGGCACUGUGGUUCUUGCUGGGCAUUUGCUGCUGUUGAGUCACUUUCAGAUCGCUUUUGCAUUCAUUAUAACAUGAAUAUUUCUCUGUCUGUUAACGAUCUUUUGGCCUGCUGUGGCUUCAUGUGUGGUGACGGCUGUGAUGGAGGAUACCCAAUUUCUGCAUGGCGAUACUUUGUUCGUCACGGAGUUGUUACCGAAGAGUGUGAUCCAUAUUUUGACACCGAUGGUUGUUCCCACCCUGGUUGUGAACCAGCAUAUAGUACUCCUAAAUGUGUCAGGCAUUGUGUAGAUAAAAACCAGAUUUGGAGAAAAUCAAAGCACUAUGGUGUUAAUGCUUACAGGAUUAAAAAGGAUCCCUAUGAUAUCAUGGCCGAAGUUUAUAAAAAUGGACCAGUUGAGGUUGACUUCACGGUGUAUGAGGAUUUUGCUCAUUACAAAUCUGGGGUUUACAAACAUAUUACUGGUGAUGAGUUGGGAGGGCAUGCUGUGAAGCUUAUUGGAUGGGGAACAUCAGAUGAUGGAGAGGAUUAUUGGCUUUUGGCAAAUCAGUGGAACAGAGGCUGGGGUGAUGAUGGCUACUUCAAGAUAAAAAGAGGAACAAACGAGUGUGGGAUUGAGGAAGAUGUUGUUGCUGGUUUGCCCUCACCUAGGAACAUCGCCAGGGAGGCUUCCAUAUGAGCCACAUGCUGCUGUUUCUCACUCAAGUAUUUGCUCAACCAAAGAUAUGUUUGAUUUAUGUGUCUUGCUCUCGGGUCAGAACUAUUUAUGCAUAUUAGGUUGGUUUAUGAUUUGCUGUGUUGUACCUUAAACAAAUGGUAAGAUGAUGUCUGGAAAGGGAUUAUUAAGAAAAUAAAGUGUUAAUAUUCUUGGAAAA